CUCUCCAGGACGAAACUUGAUUCUUUUGUCCCAACUUUCUGAGCGCUGUUCCUGGAGGUCCGGACUGGGACCACUGGAAGCCCUGGGAACCGCCCGGAGAUCGGACUGGUCGGGACGGACCUGCUGUUUCUGUGUGUGUGUGUGUGUGUGUGUGUGUGUGUUUGUUUCGGGACCCUCCAGCCGACACACCGACCCUUCUCCGCUCACCAGGCCGCCUUUCAGAGCUCCUUUCCCGGACACAGGGGUAGCCACGCCCCGCUGUCUCUCCUGGAGGAGAUAACAUUUCGGAAUGUAGGAGUGAGAGAGUGAGAGAGUGAGAGGGGGUGAGGGGAGUGCUCCCUUUUCUUUCUGAAGCUCUACUUCACUUUUGACGGCGUCCAUCUUGAAAAGUUUCGGAUUCUUUCUGAACUAAAAGAGUUUUUUUGGAUCUCUGGGUUCCAAUGAGGAGCGCGCGACCCACUGAGUGCGCGCGACCCACUGAGUGCGCGCGACGUUGACGGUCAGCGGUCAAGGAUCGAUAGGUGUGAUCCGGGUCCGGGUCUGGAUGGAGGCUCAGAGGGGUCCGGGUGGGGCCUCCUCCCUCUGCGGGCUGCUCCUCCUCCUCCUCCCGCUGCUGAGCUGCUGCGGAGCAGAAGAAGAGGUCCUGCUGAACACCAAGCUGGAGACUUCAGAUCUCGGGUGGACGAACUAUCCAGCUGAAGAUCCUCAGUGGGAAGAGCUAAGUGGCCUGGACGAGGAGGCGACCAGCGUGAGGACCUAUGAGAUCUGCACGCCGGACAGCCCGACCUCCUAUUGGCUGAGGACCCGCUGGAUCCCUCGCCGUGCGGCGAGCAUCAUCUACGUGGAGAUCCGGUUUACCAUGAUGGAGUGCGUCAGUCUGAACUGGCGGCAUUGCAAGGAGACCUUUGACCUCUACAGCUACCAGAGCGACAGCGACGAGGCCACGCCCUCCCACCCGGCCUGGAUGGAGAACCCGUACGCCAAGGUGUCCACGCUGGCGGCCGACCAGCUGAUGUCGCGGAGCGAGCGGCGCUCCAACCUGCGUCUGCUGCGGGUGCAGCGGCUGCAGGGGGCGGGGCUCUACCUGGCCUUCCGCAGCCAGGGCACCUGCAUGGCGCUGCUCGCCGUGCGCGUCUUCUACAGGAAGUGCCCCCCCCUCCGCCGCGCCUUCGCCUACUUCCCCGAGACCGUCCCCCAUUCUCUGGUGGAGCAGGCUCAAGGUGUGUGUGUGGAGAACGCUGUGACUCCGCCCGGCGAGCAGUCUCAACCUCCCAGCAUGCUUUGCGGUGAGGACGGGCAGUGGGUGGGGCAGCCGACGUCCAGCUGCUCCUGUCGCCCCGGAUACGAGGCGGGAGACACCAACGUGCGCUGUCGAGCCUGUCCCUCGGGACAGUUUAAGGCGGGUUCAGGACCCGGGGUCUGCGUCCCGUGUCCAGACCGGAGCAACACUCUGAUCCCAGGCUCCGCUUACUGCCUCUGCCACCCCGGUUACCGCCGAGCCGACUCCGACCCGCCGCACGCCGCAUGCACACGCCCCCCCUCUGCCCCCCGCUCCAUUGUGAGUCAGAUCAACGACACAUCGGUCACUCUGGAGUGGAGUGAGCCGCUGGACCGAGGAGGACGAGGAGACCUGGUCUACAGAGUCUUCUGUUCCAGCUGUGGGACCGCAUCCAAGGGAUUGGCUGGUUCCUGUUCCCCGUGUGGUGACAGCGUUCUGUACCGUCCGGCGCAGCGAGGACUGACUCAGCGCCGCGUCUCUGUGUGGGGACUCCGCCCACACACCAAGUACACCUUCACCGUCCAAUCACUGAACGGCGUCUCUGCUCUGAGCCAAUCGGAGCCGGCCUCCGACAGAGUCAACGUCACCACCAGCAGAGACGUUCCUCCUCCAGUGUCCGGCCUCAGGAGGGCUGCGGCCUCAGAAUCCAGUCUGACUCUAGAGUGGAACGUUCCACUUCUGCAGAACCAGUUCCAGGUCCUGGACUACCAGCUCCGCUACAGCCCCAAGGACGGCGGGGAGGCGGGGCAGUGGCAGUACGUGUCCAGCAGGUCUUCUUCGGUGGUGGUGACGGGGCUCCAGCGGGCAGGAAGGUAUCGGGUUCAGGUCCGAGCUCGUUCACAGGCCGGAUACGGGUCCUUCAGCUCGGAGGCCAGCUUCAACACACUGCCUGAUGCUGUUGGUUCUCAGCUGGUGGUGACAGCGGUUCUCGUCUCCAUCGGGGUUCUGAUUCUCAUCGCAACGGCCAUCCUGGCUCUGUACUGUUACCGCAGGAGGGUGAAGGACUCUGAACUAAGUGAUAAAAGUGGACACUACCAGAUGGGACAGACGAUGAAGGUGUACAUCGACCCGUUUACGUAUGAGGACCCCAACGAGGCGGUGAGGGAGUUCGCCAAAGAGAUCGAGGCGUCUUUUGUGAAGAUUGAGGAAGUGAUCGGAGCAGGUGAGUUUGGCGAGGUGUGUCGAGGUCGGCUGAGGGUCCCUGGCCGGAAAGAGAACUACGUGGCGAUCAAGACGCUGAAGGGCGGGUACACAGACAAGCAGAGGCGGGACUUCCUGUCGGAGGCGUCCAUCAUGGGUCAGUUCCAGCACCCCAACAUCAUCCACCUGGAGGGCGUCAUCACCACUUCCUGUCCCGUCAUGAUCCUCACCGAGUUCAUGGAGAACGGAGCGCUGGACAGUUUCCUGAGGGUGAAUGACGGACAGUUCACCACCAUACAGCUGGUGGGGAUGCUGCGGGGCAUCGCGGCGGGGAUGAAGUACCUGUCCGACAUGAGCUUCGUCCACAGAGACCUGGCAGCCCGCAACAUUCUGGUCAACUCCAACCUGGUCUGUAAGGUGUCAGAUUUUGGUCUCAGCAGGUUUCUGACUGAGAACUCUUCCGAUCCGACAUACACCAGCUCUCUGGGAGGGAAGAUUCCUAUUCGCUGGACGGCCCCUGAAGCCAUCGCCUACAGGAAGUUCACCUCAGCCAGCGAUGGGUGGAGCUACGGCAUCGUCAUGUGGGAGGUGAUGUCAUACGGGGAGCGGCCAUAUUGGGACAUGAGCAACCAAGACGUGAUCAACGCCAUAGAGCAGGACUACCGUCUGCCCCCCCCCCCAGAGUGUCCCGCCUCCCUUCAUGCUCUCAUGCUGGAUUGCUGGCAGAAGGAACGAGCCAAUCGGCCGAGGUUCUGCGACGUAGUGUCUGCUCUCGAUAGGCUGAUCCGAAACCCCGCCUCCCUGAAGGUGACGCUCCCGGAGGGCCGCAGUGGGUCCCAGCCCCUGCUGGACCAGCGCGUCCCCCCGUCCCUCUCGUCCUGUGGGUCCGUCUCCGAGUGGCUUCGAGCCUUAAAGAUGGAGCGAUACGAGCAAAGCUUCCUGCAGUCUGGAUUCACCAGUCUGGAGGUCGUCUCUCAGCUCAACACCGACGACCUGCUCAGAGUGGGCGUGACCCUCGCCGGACACCAAAAGAAAAUCCUGUCCUCCGUCCAGACGCUCAGGGUCCACGAAGCUCCGCCCACACUGCUCUACUGACCAAUCGCAGUCUAAAACCACUACACUCAGGGGGAUGCUGAGCCACUCUUUUUAACCACUAAACAUUGUUACCAAUCAGAUAGCUGGAGGACCGGUGAGACUCCGCCUCCUAAUGGUCAGUCCAAUGAGACUGUGACAUUUAAGAAGCACAGAACAGUGUACAGGUUCUGUACGCUUCAUUAUGUUUGACUCAGGGGCAACAGGACUCCGCCCCCUUCUUAAUCCGACCAAUCAUAGCUGAGGACAGAGUCACCACGGUGAACACAUGAUUGUUUAACCACAUCAGCCCUCCACCACUCAGGAAAACCAAAGCUCCUCCUACUUGGCCGGGUGUUGUUAUAAUCUUGCUCCAAACCCUGGAAUUACCGGCCAAUCAGCAUCCAGCACAGCAGACGUCUCUUAUUGGACAUAGAGACGUUUGAACUGCCCCUUUGGCCCGGCUGCUAUCUCCCGCCCGCUUCAUGGGAGCACAGCUGGGAUUGGUUCCAACACUGGGUUGGUUCUGGUUCUGCUGGUUUUGGGAUCUGUCAUCGCUGCACCAUCAACGGAUCUGAAGCCCAGAAGGUGGAGAACGAAAUUCUGACCUCUACUGGAUUCUAUUGAGACCUCUACAACUACGGACGCUAUGACCGACGAAACAAACAAACCCCUUUUACAGGAUGAGCUGGUGAUCAAAACAAGCGCCCCAAACCAGAGCCACGGAAACCUUCAUCCCAGGGACACCAGGAUGUCCAGACGGGGACACGGAGCAUCAAACUCUUCCUGAUCUGUGAUGAAUAUUAUGGGAUGGCCUCCGAGAACAGAGCGGACGAUGUUUUUUGAGCAAAUCUUCCAUCAAUCGUUGAGAUUAACAACUUCUGUGGAAAUGUUCCAGCUUUGGUCCAAAUGAAUGUGAUUCUUCAGGCGAUGGAAGUCUCUGGACUCCUGGGAGGCGUUCAGGGAGACACUUAGAAGGACCAUGAGUUCCACGUGUGGUGGAUCCUUUCACAUGUAAAAGUACUCACGUGUAUUUAAUUGAGCCCAUUCUGAGGAUCUGGUCCUGUUUUUAAACCUUGAAGUGAAAUCUAUCAUUCAUACAAUCGAACACUAAUCGGUUUGGUCCAGAACCGAUGGUCCGCCUGGAUCCAUGUCAGUGGAGUCCGGUGUUUUGAGCGUUUCGCUUUCUACCUUCUGGAACAAAACCACUGCAGAGAAAGUUGAAUUUGUCCAUUUAAACCGAUUUGACAAUAAACAAAGCGGUUUUAACAGAUCUUUAAAAAGUCCCAGAUCCAGGACUGUGGUCUUGGUUCAGGUUUGAGGACGACAAGAAAUUGUAAAACUGUUGGUUUUGUAUUUUAGCACUUUUUGUACACAAUAUUUUAUCAUGUUUUAAAGCAGAGUAGGUAUCAAUGUUUUUAUACUAAAGUCAUUUUGUUAAGAAAAAGAAAACAUAAAAAAGAUUUGACCCCGAGAUCAAAGAGGACGUCUGAUGAAGACCCAGUUACCAGAGUCACACCUCUGAAGCUGGUCCAAGUGUCUUCUGGACCAAAGGACCAGCUGAGUGUCUCUGGAAGACGGCGCCAUCCUUUCAGAAAAUGUAACGGUAUCAGGGAAUCAGUUGUCAAAGAACCAGACCUGAUCUCAGACCAGGUCUGGAACCAGGAGUCUCCUGAACCAUCGUAGCCAUCAGCCUGUUCGAUUCUCUGUCAGCCAAUCACAAUAAAGAUGAACCGUCUUGUCCAAUCA